ACAACAGAUUUGAGGGGAACAAUCGUUUUUCAUUUGAAAAAAAAAUAAAACACAAAAGUAGCUAACAAUGAGAGUAAAGAGUUUGUGCAAACGGAGGAGUGUCCCCUCUGCAAGCGGUCCUUCCUUCUCCGCCAUUCCUCUCUUAUCUGAUCAACGCAUCGCCACCGUUUACGAUACCGAGAAUGACGAUGACGAUUGCAUUAAAUCCGAAGCUGAAGCCGAACCCGAACCCCGACCCGAACCUGUGGACUUGUUGGACAGGAGCAUCUGCAUAUGUUGCGACGACAGAGGCAAGGAAGAGGAAGUUUUGGUUUGCUCCGAAAAGGACUGCCCCGUCGCUGUCCACGCCAGCUGCAUCGGCUCCGAACCUAAAUUCGACGCCUCGGGUAACUUCUACUGCCCCUACUGCUGGUACAAGCGUGCCGUGGACACGUGUCAACAGUUGAGGGAAAAAGCAAUGGUCGCAAAGAAAGCCUUGUCUACCUUUCUGGAAACACGUGCCGAUUCUAAUGCCACACGUGGCAGAGAAAACGUGAACCCGGUUCAGGAUGGACCUUACGUUUCUGAAACGGAAUCUGAAGAAGAUGAAGGAGAGGUGUCUGUGACAUCGACGGGUAGUUCUGUGAGUGAGACUGGCGAUUCCGAAUCUGAGGGCAUCUCAGUGAAGAAAAGGAAGGUUGGUUCUGUGCGGAAAUCGUUGUUACCAAGCAGUAGAGGGAAAUUGGCUCGGGAUGUGAAUGCGGAAGUUCAAGACUCGAAAAGUUUGAGAAAACCACUGAGGUCACCCUUGCAAGGCAUGAAGCAGGCUUCAUUGACUGCAAAGCGUAGGAGAUUACGUUGGACAGAUGAAGAAGAAAAAGUACUGAAGGAGGGAGUAUUAAAGUUCUCAAUGGAAAAUCAGAAUAUCCCUUGGAGGAAAAUUUUGGAAUUUGGUUGCCAUGUAUUUCAUAAGACUCGUACGCCUGCUGAUCUCAAGGAUAAAUGGAAGAACAUCACCUCCAAGGAAGGAUGUAAAUAGAACUGGUGCAUGGAGAGCCUUCUCAGAGCAACUGUCCAAUUUUAGAAACCUGGGUUUCGUGAUUAGAAGGUGCAAAUGAAAUUUUGACGACUUGUCCAGAUUUUGUGUUGAAUCAAAUAUAUAAUUCAGGCACCUAAGACAUGGUGCUUAGCAUAUAUUUCUAGAUCAGGCACCACACCAUAUAUAAUUCAAGUGACAAAGUGUCCUCGUCAACAAAAUUUUGUCACCAACUAGUCUUUACUUUUGCGUAUUGCUGCCAAUGGCAGCAAUGCCAAAGACGACACGCAUAUGGUGUGGGGGAAACACGAACAAAGACAUUUUGGAUAAACUCGAUGUAAAAAUUUGUGUCAAAUAUGUGAAUCGUCCUUUG